AUGCGUGGAGCAACCUUCUUUUCCUAUGCGCUGGUCGCACUCACCGUUGGAGUUACCGCCACUCCCGCUGAUGUUGAUGAGAAGAGAGAAGCCUUCGACAUUCCCGGUCUUGCCCUCGCUGCUAAGAUCGGCACCGUGAAUGACGGAAAGAUGUUCGAGGCCCGUGACGGUGCCGCCACAGACCCUAUUUUGGCCCUUCCUGCUCCCACCCCAGGAGUUCCCCAGGUCCUUUUCACACGCUACGCAACAGCGAGCAAGAUCUCAAAGGACCGCUAG